UUGUAAUACGCCGUCGUUUUCUGACUAACAAAGUCCGACCAAACCUGAAUGUGGGCUAAAUCCAGUCCAGACCAUAAUCACUCCUCACUGUUCUUCGCCGGAACUGAAUUCAAUCUCUGUCAAGAGUUCUCGUUACCGAUUUGUCAAAUCAAAGCAUCAACUAAAACGAAUUUAAUCUUUCUUCAAAAUGGUAUCAGGCGAUCCACCUCAACCGCCGCAGCCUCCGACAUCAUCUUCUUUGUUCUCUGAAAAUUGGAAGGAUCGUAUAUUAAUACCCACUCUCCUUGGAGGGAUUGCGGGUGGAGGAGUUGGGUUGGUGUCUAAGUAUCGAAAAGUUCAUGGACUCGCUAACAUUUCUGCUACUUAUGCUGCUAAUUUUGCUAUUGUCACUGGUUGCUAUUGCGGGGCUCGUGAAUUUGUAAGGAUAACUCGGAAAUCAGAACAGGAUGAUCUAAUGAACUCUGCAAUUGCAGGCUUUGGUACUGGUGCUAUUCUUGGACGUCUUCAAGCUGGCCAAUUUGGUGCCAUCCGUUACUCGAUCAUCUUUGCUGUUGUGGGAACAAUGGUGGAUUUUGCUACAAUUAAGCUGAGACCUACUGCGAUGAGUUUCAGAGAAUCCAUAUAUGGGGACAAAGAGAAGAAAGGUGGUUGGAAGUUACCAGAGUGGUCUCCCAUUCAAGUACUUGACGAGGAGGCUCUUGCUGCUAAAGAAGCUAGGGAAAAGCAACUCUAUGCACAAAGAGCUCUCGGUAAAUUGAGCAAAGAAGAACCUUGAGAAGACUUCAUUUUUUGAAACCGAAUUUUGUUGACUUAUAGCUACCAAUAACAUAUUUGUUUGGCCUGCUUUUUUGGCUGAUUAGAAUUGCCAAGGAUGUACUAGUCUUGAAUCUUUUUACGAAGCAGGGAUUGUGUUAUAGUGACCCUGUUAUUUCUUUAUUAUUGUAUUUGCCAUUGUUGAUUUGCACGAUAGUUCAUACUGAUGUUUAGGAACUUCCUACUUCUUAGUUUAGUAUCAUACUGAUGAUAUUCACCGGCAGGAGUGCUUGAUACUA